AAAAUUUUGUGUAAAUUCUUGCAUUUUAUUGUUAAAAGAUGAUCCAUACCCAACUGCUUUCUCAGUAGAAAGCAGUAGUUGGGUGUGGAUCAUUGUUAGUUAGAGUAGUGCACUCUUCUCAAACUGCACUUACUAAAAAAUAACUACCAUGUUCGUUCGUCAUAAAUCAAAAAAUUGUUCAUUCGAUCCUCAGGAAGGUCAAUUAAUUUGAUUGAAAAUAUUAGAUUACAUUAAUAAAAUAGACUACCUGUUAAAGGUUAGUAAAGGGUAGUUGGAUUACUGACCUAUAAACUAGACUUUGCAUUUGUUCUGACAUUACUUGUUUGAAAUUGGUAAUACUUAGUCAUGGAAAGUGUUUCACAGGAGAUGAUGCUUAUUUUCAUCAGAAUGGAAGUAUAGAUACUCAUAACUGCACAUUUAGGCUGAGGCAAAUCAAUAUGCAAUGUAUAAAAUUUCUUUGCACUUCUAAACUUGGGUUAUUUUAUAGUAAGAGUUAACAGAUCAAUGUGAUUGUGUAUAUUAACAAUCAAUCAUUCAUUAUAAAAACUGACCUGGCAUACAGUUUGCUUUAUAUCUCAAAGAAAGUAUUAGCACUAGAAUUUAAAUUUUUCCAUUUGCCUAUUGCCCAGAUAUGAAGAGAUGUUGAAGUCUUUUUAUUCUGAAGUUGCAGAAAUGAAGAUCUAUUGGUUUGAUCAUUUGUACGCAAGGUGGAGCAUCUCAUAUUGGAGUGUGUAUCAUAGCAGUUGUUGGUAACAGCCACCAGAGUGAUUCAUUGUUCAUCUCCAACCAGCAUGGCCAUCUCCAUCACAAUCUUAUCUUUUAAAACUCAAAAAUAUAAUUUUGCAGUUUUAAAAGAUAGAAAGAUGUUUAUGAGAAACAUUAGUACAGAUUAGUUGCAUUCUACUAUUAUUUAUCAUUUAGCCUGCCAUGUAAGAGGGACAAAUGGAAUUUGGGCUUCCAGACUGAUAACUGUCUGGAUUUUUCACCAGUAUUGGCUGCCCUUGAAUGUCUGCUUUGUGUGGCAACUGCUGGACCUAAAUGAAGCUGUGGAUGCCUCCAUGAAUUUUCAGAUUCCAGAUGUUGAUCUUCAUCCUUCAAAUUUCAAAUGACUCUGAUACAAUAGGCAUUUUAUAAUCUAAACUAUAUACACAGUGUGCCAAAUAAGUAAUGAGACUGAUUUUUUUCCAUGAAUACUUUCAAGAAAUGUGCCAAAUGUGGUUACCUUUUCACCGGCUAGAUUGUGCUGAACAAGCAGAUGCUUCAAUCAUGUCAAUGACUCAGCCAGUUCAUGCACAGCAGUCAUGAAAGUAUUGUUGUGCAAGUAGCGGUGGUCAAACGUAGCAUAAUGGAUCAAAGAGCUGUGAUAAAAUUUUACUGUAAAUUAGGAAAAAUGGCAUCAGAAGUUUACAAAGACAUGCUUCUUGUGCAUGACUAAGACAAUCAUCCCUGUAAACAAGUGUUCCUCUGGUUAUCAGCAUUUAAGAACGGAAGAGAAAUCUUAGAAGAUGAACAACGCAACUUCAUCAGUACUACUUAGUACUGAUGAAGUCGUGUUAUUGUAUGUACUACAUCAGUACUGAUAGUGACCAGACAGUACUACUUAGGAGUCAUACAACGUCUCUUUGCUCGCAUGAGUCGUGUCAGGAUGCAUCUGUUCCAAAGCAACAGUUGGGUUUUUCUGCAUGACAAUGCACUGGACUCUCUGUGCACUGGGCUCUGUGAAACAGUUUUUAGCAUCAAAACAGAUCUGUGUGCUAGAACACCCACUCUAUUCACCUGAUUUGACACCUGCAGACUUUUUUCUAUUUCUGAAAAUUAAAUGUGCUUUAAAAGGGGAACAUUUCAGUGACAUUGAGGACGUCAAAUGUACUGUGACAAACAGACUGAAGGAGGUACACAAACAGGACUUCCAGCGUUCUUUUAACAACUUGUAUGAUUGAUGUAAACGUUGUGUGGAGGUGCAAGGGGAUUAUUUUGAAUCCAUGUAACUGCAAAAUUGAAAUAAAGUUCUUAGUUUGGAUGUAAUGUUAGUUGUAUCAUUACUUAUUUCGAACAUUGUGUAUAUGAUGCAGAUUUGGAACCAUUAGGAGAACACAAUCAGCAGUUUGUCAUGUACUGUGCUCUAAUUUUGCACUGAGGCAUGAUGCAAAUGUUAAUGUUCUCAUAAUUCACAUAAAGCAGUGUUUUUUCAAACACUAAUUCAUAAAAAGUUCCACUAGUCUGCAGAAAAAUAUUUGACUGUACUUAAGCUGGAGCAGUUGAUUACAGGUAACAUUUAAAUAGUAAUCUAGAUUUAAAAAAUAUGUAGAAAAGACUAAAAUGUCUUGAUUUUUGCUAUGUCAAAUCACCAGGAACAAGUCUUCCAUUGCAGAGAUGAUCUUUUAAUAAAAUAAAAUAAAAAAACAGUAAACUAGAUAAUCAUGUAUAAGCAUAAUUUAUAUUCAUAUGUAAUUACUUGGUCCAUGUAAAAUUCCAUAAUUUUACUGGUCUGCAAUGAGAGAAAGAUUAAAAAACACUGACAUAAAGGAUAGCUCAGAACAUGAAAAUUUUUCAUCACAUAGCUCGUUUGAUUUACAUUAUAACUCUGAAAUUGCACCAUUGAUAUUUUCUCUCUGCAAAUUCUCCCUGUUGGUAAAUUAUAGAACUAUUUUUUUGCAUGGAAAUUGUUUUCAUAUAUUCUGAAGAGUAUUUCAACUAAAUUUGGUUGAAUUUCAGGCACUAUAUAUUUCUACAAAUGACUUUGAGUAGGCUAUUUUAAUGAUGAUCAAAUUAUAUAUCCAUCUUUAGUAAAUAAGAAGCAAUAAUUUAUGUUAAAGAUACACAAAUAUAAUCUAACUGUUUAACUGUAAUUACAACAAAAGUUUCUUUUGAAAUUUUAUUUUAAAACUAGAAAUAUUUCUCUUUCAAUUUACUAUUGAAAAUGCUUAUCAUGUGUUUUUUUUCUUAACAUUCUUUUCCUAUCUAGAAACUAUUUCUAAAUCAAUUAUUUUUCUUGUUUAAAGUAUUACAUAAACAGUACAUUGAAUUCAUAAACAUCAGGUCACAUGAUACAAAGUGCAAUGUGGUUUUAAAUUUAAUGUUUUUUUGCCUUGUCUUUUAUAAUAUAUGCAUUUUAGAUCAGGUAGUAGAAGAGUAAUUAUCAUAUUACAAUAACAUGUAAGCAUUUUACAAUAUUUCAAAUAUAAGUAACUAUGGUGUGAAGCAUUUAAAAUAUAAACAUAUCAUCUACAGGAUAUUGUAAUUAUAUAUGUUAAUGUUAAUCAAUUUCGUGAAGGUCACCGUUAGAACUUCAAUUAAUUUAUCAUUUAUACACCAGACGUCAAGAAGAAACAUUUUGAUAGUUUUAAUCAUUGAUUACUUAUAAGUGAUCUAGAACUAGUUUUUUUGAACUGGAUUCAAAAAGGAAAUACUUUGAAAGUAUUUAUCUCUGACUCUUUCAAGUUUUCUUUUUGUAAAUCAUCAUGAAGAUUUUUAAUCAAAACAUUAACAAGAAUUUGCUUUUCAUAAAGCUACACUAUUUUUUAUAUUAUGGAGCUGAAGCUGGAAUAUUACCAUUUCUAUCUGUGAUAGCCGGACAACAGCAAAUUUCAGCUUCGGCGGUAGGAGUGAUAUUUACUAUUCUUCCUUUUAUUACGCUAGCAGCAAAACCAUUCUUUGGUAGUGUUGCCGAUCAUCUACAAAAGUUAAAACUUAUGUUGAUAUUAUUUAUUAUAACAUUAACAUUAUCUUAUCAUUGUAUGUAUUAUAUACCAAAACUUUUUAUUAAAAACGAAGAAACAAAUUUAAAUAUUUUGCUAUUUUGCAAUACAAUCACUUCUUAUUUCACUUUAGAUGAUAAAUAUAAUUUGUCGUGCUUCCAUUCUGCAUUGAAGAAUAAUUACACAGAAUGCAGCAUGUCCUGUCAGCCUUGUAACUACUUAAAAAAUAAAACAAAUAUUCAUAAAUUUGAAAAUUUUACAUUAUUGGACUUUGCUUUGUGCAAACAAGAACAUUUACAGUAUUCAGUAAGCAUUGAAAAUAUUUCUGAUGCUUUUGUUAUUACAGAAGCAGCAUGGAGAAGUACAUCUGUAAAUCCAGUAUGCUUUGAUGAACGACAAUUUUAUUGCAGUAUGAAAUGCAAUAUAUCAUUUACAAACUGCAUCAAUAAUGAAGAAGUUAUUUAUAAAACUCCACAGUUUUGGUUAUUUUUUACUUUUAUUAGUGUUUCCUGGGUUUCUUCUGGUGUAAUAACGUCAUUAUCUGAUGCGGCUUGCUACGAAUUACUAGAUGAAAGGAACGAUCUCUACGGAAAACAAAGGUUGUGGGGCACUAUAGGAUGGGGUGUGUUUAGUUUAUUUACUGGUCUUUUAAAUGAUCUCAUAACAGGAGAUUCACCACAUAAAAAUUAUUCUGCCAGUUUCUAUAUGCUCAUUGCACUUGUAGUUUUAGAUUUAAUUAUUCUAAUAGAUUCCAAUAUUAAAAAUGCUAAAUUUUCUGAAACCUCUUUCAAAAAUGUAUGUAUGCUGUUUUCCCAGAUUCGUAUAGUUAUUUUUAUAACAACUGUUUUUAUUAUUGGGGCUCUUACGGGUCUUCAAUGGUCAUACUUUUUUUGGUACAUGACAGAUUUAAAAGCUAAUCAAUUAAUAAUGGGUUUAGCUUUAGGUGUAGAAAGCUUUCUUGGUGAAUUGCCAUUUUUCUUCUUUGCCGGAGAAAUCAUAAAAAAGUUAGGUUAUGUAAACACCAUCAGUCUUACUUUAUUUUCUUUUUCAAUACGCUAUUUAUUGUAUUCUGUUAUUAAUGAUCCAUGGUUGGUUCUACCAGUAGAAUUGUUACAAGGACCAACGUUUGGUAUAUUUUAUGCUGCAAUGACUUCAUAUGCAAACAUGAUGGCACCAGCAGGAACAGAAGCAACAAUGCAAGGAAUAUUAGGAGGAAUAUUUGAAGGUUUAGGUAUUGCAGCAGGAAGUUUAUUGGGUGGAUUAAAUAUUGAUUAUAACGGAAGUCAUGACACAUUUCGAAAGGCCGGGCUGAUAGCUAUUUUAUGUUGCUUGCUUCAUGUAGUAAUCAAUGUAAUUUUGUCUUGCAAGAAAUCAUCUAAUAUACAAUCAGGCGAGAGAAUAAACAACAGAGAGUCGACUUCCUUUUUAUGAAACUUCUGAAAAGAUUCUGAUGUAAAAAAUUGGGAAUAUCUGUAUGACAUUUAUAUAAAUAAUUUAUUACAAGAACUUAAUAAAUUUUGUUUAAAAUAUCAAAA